GGGUCUUAUGCAUGCUGAACUAUGUUGCUUCAGUACAGGAGGCCUUGUAGUGUUCUUACUUUACCCAGGAGGAUCCAGACAGAGCUGCAGUGGCUCCAGAUUACCCCAUUUUCUGACUCACCCUCAGAUGCUUUAGGUCCAUCUGUAUCUGUCCUUCCACAAUGGUUGUUCCUGAAUCUCAGGACAAAAUGUACUACCCUCCUGAUGACUUGAAGAGGGUUGCUCAUGUGCCUGAUUUUAACUCCUAUCUGGCACUGUACAGGAAGUCUCUUGAGAAUCCAGAAGCUUUCUGGAAAGAGGUUGCUGAUGAGUUCUUUUGGAAGAAGCCAGCAACAGGACCAAUGAUGCAGUACAACUUUGAUGUGACAAAAGGGAACAUUUAUGUCAAAUGCUUAGAAGGGGCCAAAACCAACAUGUGCUAUAAUGUCCUGGACAGGCUUGUGAGGGAGAGGAAUCUUGGUGAAAAGGUUGCCUAUUACUGGGAGGGGAACUCACCUGAUCACCACAUGACCAUCACCUACCGCCAGCUGCUGAGCCAGGUCUGCCGCUGUGCUAAUGUACUCAAGCAGUUGGGUGUGAAAAAGGGAGACAGGGUGUCUAUCUACCUUCCCAUGAUCCCAGAGCUGGUCUACACUAUGUUGGCCUGUGCAAGGAUAGGUGCGGUUCACUCCAUUGUGUUUGCAGGUUUCUCCUCUGAGUCUCUGUGUGAGAGGAUUAUGGAUGCGCAGAGCAGCGUCCUGGUGACAGCAGAUGGUGUUUAUAGAGGAGAGAAGCUGAUCAAUCUGAAACAGAUUGCGGACAAGGCUCUGGAGAAGUGCAGGGAAAAAGCGUCAUCUAUCACUAAAUGCCUCGUCGUCAAGCACCAAGCACUGAGGACAAAAAGCGGCGCUGCAUGCAACAAACUACAGACCCCCUGGGACUCGGAGUGUGAUGUGUGGUGGGAUGAGGUGAUGAGAGACUCUCCUGAAGAGUGUGAACCCGAGUGGCUGGAUGCGGAGGACCCGCUGUUUAUCCUCUACACCAGCGGCUCCACUGGCAAACCCAAGGGUGUUCUCCACACUGUUGCCGGGUAUCUGCUCUUCACAUCGCUGACCUUCAAGUACGUUUUCGAUCAUCACCAUGACGAUGUGUACUGGUGCACCGCAGACAUCGGCUGGAUCACCGGCCACUCCUACAUCACCUACGGCCCCCUUGCAAAUGGUGCCACAAGUGUCCUGUUUGAAGGUAUUCCAGUUCACCCUCAUGUCGGCCGGUUCUGGGAGAUUAUUGAGAAGUACAAAGUGACCAAGUUCUACACAGCUCCUACAGCCAUCCGCCUGCUGAUGAAGUACGGACGGGAACCGCUGCAGAAGUACGACCUCUCCAGCCUGAGGAUUCUGGGUACUGUUGGUGAGCCGAUCAACCCAGAGGCGUGGCAGUGGUACCAUGAGGCUGUCGGUCAGGGCAGAUGUCCCGUGGUCGACACUUUCUGGCAGACUGAGACCGGAGGUCAUGUUUUGACUCCUCUGCCCGCUGCCACGCCACUAAAACCAGGCUCUGCUAGCUUUCCUUUCUUCGGGGUAGAGCCCACAAUCCUCAACGAACAUGGGGAGGAACUGGAAGGCGAGGCUGAGGGUUAUCUCGUAUUCAGGAGGCCCUGGCCUGGAAUAAUGCGCACUCUGUACAGAAACCACGAACGCUUUGAGAACACCUACUUCAAGAAAUUCCCGGGCUUCUAUGUAACUGGUGAUGGCUGCAGGCGGGAUAAAGAUGGCUAUUACUGGAUAACAGGAAGAAUAGACGACAUGCUGAAUGUGUCAGGCCACCUGAUGAGCACAGCGGAGGUGGAGGCGGCUCUGACGGAGCACCCGGCCGUGGCGGAGUCUGCGGUGGUGAGUCUGCCUCACAAGGUGAAGGGCGAGUGUCUCUACUGCUUCGUCACCCUCAAAGACAGCAGGGAGUUUAACCACACGCUGGUGGAGGAGCUCAAGAGACUGGUGAGAGAGAAAAUCGGACCAAUCGCUACACCAGACUUCAUUCAAAAUGCUCCAGCACUACCGAAAACUCGCUCAGGGAAGAUCAUGAGGCGAAUCCUCCGGCAGAUCGCCCGCAACGAGAAGGACCUGGGUGACCUUUCAACCCUGGCCGACCCGAAGGUGGUGGAGGAGCUGUUUAGCCAGAGAUGUGAAGCUGCAGCCUGAACAAACAACUCACUCCCCUCUCUCUGUCUUGCUCAUGCUAUGCAGCGGUACAGAUAAAGACAAUCACAAAAUGCUGGUUCUGGAUCAGCGUCUGGGUGUUUGUGUGCACUCUUUGGGACUGAAUGAAGGGGCUGGGAUCAGAAAAUUAUUUAAAAUUGUUUUAUGUGGAGAAAAGAAAAUAGAAAACAAUUGAAAUGUAGACGUACUGAUAUGGGGCUGUUGCUGCUUUGCAUUUGGGCCAAAAUGUCAAACAAACGACGCAGAAUUACUAUCUUUUAUAAUUUAAUCCCAUGACUCAUAUCGUAAAUAUUGAAAUAGAAAAGUCAGCUUUGCACAGUUUGUUUUUGACUGACAACUGAUGUAUAUUUUCAAUCUGUGAUACAUUUCUAUGUCCUGAGAAUAAAGUGUUUAAUCUGUU